GAUAUCAUGGCAAUGAACAAAAUGAAUGUUUUGCACUGGCAUCUUGUAGACAGCGAAGCAUUUCCUUACGUUUCUAAGAAAUUCCCAAAUCUUGCGAAAACAGGUGCAUAUUCACCCAAACAUCAGUACUCACCAAGCGACGUCCAGGAAAUCAUCGAAUUCGCUAGGGUUCGAGGGAUACGAGUUAUUCCUGAAUUUGACCUACCAGGCCACACCGGAGCAUGGCAAGGACAUCCAGAACUGUUAACGGAGUGUUUCGAUUGUGCUGGAAAGCCAACCUAUUUACCUAAUCUCGUAGAUCCAAGCAAGAAUUCAACGUUUGAGUUCCUAUACGAGUUUCUCGAUGAAGUGAUGACGACAUUUCCCGAUGAGUUUUUGCACCUUGGAGGCGAUGAAGUUGAGAUGAUGAGGAACUCAAACAUCAGGAAGCUCCAUGGAAUUGUAAGGAAUUUAAAAGUUAAAAGAAGAACAAUUUUUUGGCAAGAAGUUUUCGAUAAUAGCAUUCCGGAAUAUGACUCCAUAAUACACAUUUGGAGAGGAAGAACUCAUCAAGAAAUCAUGAGCGAGGUAAAAAAUGUUACAGCGAAAGGUUAUAACGCUAUUGUGUCGGCAUGCUGGUACCUCAAUCGUAUUAAGUAUGGAGCUGACUGGAAAGAUGAGUUAAAACGAUUCAAUCAAUCAGAUUCUAGAUAUUAUUACUGCGAUCCCACCGACUUUGAAGGAAAUGAUCAACAAAAAGCACUUGUGCUUGGAGGUAUCGCAGCCAUUUGGGGUGAAAUGGUAGAUAAUACCAACAUCGAGAGCCGACUGUGGCCAAGGGCUUCCGCAGUUGCGGAACGAUUGUGGUCACCAAAAGAAAACACCAAAAAGGUACAUGAUUAUUUUUGUUUAAAUAAUAGUAAUAGAUGAUA